AUGGCUGAUGCUCCAACAUGGAGCCCAUUGCUUUACCAACCUCUGGCUGCAGAUGAGGUUCGUGUCCUGUGUCUCGAGCCAAGUUCUCAUUCAUAUCCUGAUAACUCUGCUAUGAUAUCAUGCCAAAUGCGUCCGGUUAGGCUCAAGGAGCUCGGUGUAUCCCCCGCUUUUGUCGAGAGUGAAACUGCAGCUGAAAGGGAGUGGAAAGCCCUUCAGCAAACUCCAUACGAUUAUACGACGUUAUUCAAACCUAGAAGAGGGCUUUUUGAUCGCGCUUUGAAAGGAUAUAUUAAGUCUUUGAAGGAGACUCAAGUCGAUUCCCGUGAAACCAUUGCGUCUACCGAGAAUUUUUCUCAUCUCUCGGAUAGAUAUGUCGCACUUUCAUAUGUCUGGGGAAGUCCAGCGGAUAAAAAGACAAUUUUAGUCAAUGGGAUUGAGAUGCAGGUCACUCAGAAUCUACAUACUGCUUUAAUUCAACUUCGAGAGUCAAAGUGGGUUAGACGUCGUGUUAACUUAUGGAUCGAUGCACUAUGUAUCAAUCAAGAUGAUCUAGAUGAGCGUGAGCAGCAAGUAAAGCUCAUGCGAGACAUCUAUGCUAUGGCAUGGCAGGUGGUUGUCUCUCUUGGCUCGGCAACUUCAAAUACAACCAUGGCAUACACAGCUUUACAAUGGUUAGCCCAUGAGAUAGGAUCGGAUGACAGGUUGAGGCAAUUUGCUGUUGAUUACGGGACUUUACAUCAUAAUACGGCCAGUUCAGUUGAGGCAGCUCCUUACACUUUACCAUGGCAUGACAAUGCUUUUGAAUCGCUUCGGUUAUUCUUUGCGUGUCAAUACUGGCAUCGUCUUUGGAUUCUGCAAGAGUUGGCCAUGGCUAGAAUGGAUGCACCUGUUAUCUGGGGAGGUCAUUAUAUGUGUCUAGGCGAUAUAUGGAAAGCUUGUGAGAUUAUAGAGAAGCAAGAAGAUACUGUUUUGCAGUACAUUACUACUCAUACUGCUGAUGCUGAUCGGUAUAAAACCGUAGCUACCAUAGAUCGCCGACUAGAAGACCGCGAGGGAACUCCUGGGCAACAGUGGAAACAUCUUCUUCGUAUUAAGAACAUGCGUCAGGAAGAUCACAGGGGUAUAGAUACUGCUUUACCAGCCCUCGAAUUAGCAAGACAGGCGCAAGCUACUGAUGCACGGGAUAAGGUUUAUGGAAUUCUUGCUAUUCCUUGCGUGAAAGGACUCACAAACGUAUCACCAAAUUACCGAAUCGAGCUUCCCGAGAUAUUUACCAAUUUCACACGUGAAAUGAUCUCAAAUAACGAACAUGGUUUGGAUAUUCUCAGACUAAUUCAUUCUACAGUUAAUAAGGUUAUGCUAUCUUCAGCGCCUUCAACUAAUCCUCAUUGGAUGCGGAAAAUGAUAGGAGAUCGUUUCAUAGAGGUUGUAAAACCUUGUAUACAUGAUUUACCUUCUUGGGUGGUUUGUUGGUCGUGUACAGCUGCUCCUGUUAUAUUUCUUCCCGGUAUCUACAAAGCAGAUCGUGGCUUCACACAUCCUACGCCGCCAGUCUUCUCUCCUGAUAAUCUUAUGUCACUACAUGCCGUUUUCAUCGACUCCAUAGCUACCCUCUCAGCAUUUAAUGCCCACGAGGCCGAUGAAACAUACCCGGAGAAUUGCGCCAAUGCAUCCUCUAUCCGAAAUGCAUAUGGAACUGUCGACGGUGUCAAAGAGGCUUUCUGGAGGACUAUUGUAGCUGAUACCACGCCUAAUGGGGAAAAGCCUCCUCCAUCAUGGGCCGUUCUCCGCUUACCGCGUCUAUGGUCAGUAUUUGGCACAUCAGAAGGUGGAGGUUCAGGUCUAGAUUUCAGUCUUCACGGUUUCGCGGAGCGUAACAAGGAACUCAUUAUUUGUGGCACACGUUUAGGAGAUCUGACGGCUGAUGCUAAAACGAUAAAAGAAAGGAAGGUUUAUAGAAAUGAAGAAAGAGGAACAAGUAGUGAUGACAUGCGAGAUUCUUCAUCGUGGGCCGCUAACAUCCUUGCGUGGAGGAGAUUGAUUGGAACAAAAAAUGGGAGGAUUGGUCUUACGGUAGCAGCUUCAAGGAUAGGGGAUUCAAUCGUGGUAUUGCCGGGAUGUAGUGUUCCUGUUGUUUUGAGAAGGGACGGGACGGGCUGGGAACUUAGGUUAAUUAGGGCGAGUAAGAAGAGAAGAGUAUCGGAGUACAUGUUCUUCGAUACAGAUAUCAGGGUUUUGCCUUGCAUAUACGAUGCUGAGGGUUCUCCAAGAGUAUUUGAUCAAAGUGCUGGAGACGAGACGAAAAAGACCUCACCGCUUUCGUUUCCCGACAUGCAAAAUCUUUCUGCCACACACACAACCAUAACCAGAAAGCAAUGGAGACAAUCUUACCAUUGUCAAUUUGCUGCACAACUAAAAGAUUGUUCACGUUGCAUUCCAUUUGCCAGGAUAAACCUAUUUAUCGCCUUCGGUAAUGGAUAA